AAUUCUCUAAAAACCAUGAUUUCUGUAUCAGCCAAACUGAUGGGUUCAAAAUCACACCAAGCUAACAUAUGCCUUAUUAGUGAUAUCAAUGGCAUCAUAAAAACCGGAAGGAUGACUCUACUACUUGGUCCUCCAGGAUGUGGGAAGACCUCCUUGUUGAAGGCACUUUCUGGAAAUCUAGACCAAUCGCUUCAGCUCACAGGGGAAGUUUCAUAUAACGGAUACAAACUGGAAGAGUUCGUGCCCCAGAAAACUUGUGCAUAUGUAAGUCAAAAUGACUUUCACAUUUCUGAGAUGACAGUGAGGGAAACACUUGAUUUCUCAUCCCAUUGUCAGGGUGUAGGAAGCCGUGCAGAGAUGAUGAUGGUAGUCAGUAAAAGAGAGGCAGAGGCAGGAAUUGUCCCCGAUCCAGUAAUUGAUGCUUAUAUUAAGGCAACAUCUGUCAAAGGGCUAGAGGCAACACUUCAAACUGACUACAUAUUAAAAAUCCUUGGACUCGAUAUGUGCGCUGAAACAUUUGUUGGUGAUGCCUUAAGAAGAGGUAUCUCUGGUGGCCAGAAGAAAAGAUUGAGUACAGGGGAAAUCGUUGUAGGUCCCAUAAAAACUUUGUUUCUGGAUGAAAUAACAAAUGGACUUGACAGUUCCACUGCCUUUCAGAUUGUUGCUUGUCUUCAGCAGCUUGUACACAUGAUGGAUGCUACUCUGUUAGUUUCACUGCUACAGCCCGCACCAGAAACUUUUGAUCUCUUCGAUGAUAUUAUCUUGAUGGCAGAAGGGAAAAUUUUGUAUCACGGACCACGCUAUCACAUUCUAGACUUUUUCAAGAACUGUGGGUUUAGAUGUCCUCCACGGAAAGCGGUUGUGGACUUCCUUCAGGAGGUUGUAAGCAAGCAAGAUCAAGCACAAUACUGGUAUAACACUGAGCUUCCCUACUCAUACUUUUCAGUUGAUGUGUUCUCCAGGAAAUUUAAGGCAUCCUCCUUGGGGAAGAAGAUAGAUGAGGAUCUCUUAGAACCGUACGACAAAUCCCAAUGCCAUAAAGAUGCCCUUUCCUUUACUAAGUAUUCUGUUUCUAAAUGGGAAAUCUUUAGAGCUUGCAUGUCAAGGGAGCUUCUUCUUUUCAGAAGGAACUCAAUUUUUUACGUAUUCAAAAUAACUCAGCUUGUAAUCAUAGCAUGCGUCACAAUGACAGUAUUUUAUAAGACACGGAUGGAUAUCGAUAUUGUUCAUGCAAAUUACUACCUGGCUGCGCUGUUUUACACGCUCAUGAUACUUGUGGUGGAUGAGCUUCCGGAGGUGUACAUGACAAUUUCAAGACUUCAAGUUUUCUACAAGCAGAAAAUGUUAUGCUUUUACCCAGCUUGGGCUUAUGCAAUUCCAGCAGUCAUUGUAAAGCUUCCCAUGCCUUUUUUGCAAUCCCUGAUUUGGAUAUCUAUCACUUAUUUCGUGAUGGGAUACACUCCUGAGGUUUCAAGGUUUUUCCGCCAGUUUGUGACAUUUGUUGCUGUGCAAUUAGCAGGAAUAUCCUUGUUCCGAUUCGUGGCCUCCGUCUUCCAGAAUUUUCAUUCUGCUGUGGCAGCUUCUGGCCUCAUUAUCUUUUUACACUAUUUAUUCUGUGGCUUUGUAAUCCCACGGCCAUCCUGGCCAGGUUGGAUGAAGUGGCUUUUUUGGGUUUCUCCUAUGUCAUAUGCAGAGAUAGCACUUUCUGGAAAAGAACUACUUGCACCACGAUGGCAACAGAUGCUGACCUUGCGCACUACAAUAGGACAAGCAACAUUAGAGAGUCGUGGACUAAACUUCGAUCAAGCUUCUUUCUGGAUAGCAAUAGCUGCCUUGUUUGGUUUUACUAUGGUUCAAAACAUAGGGUUCACCUUAGACUUAGGUUUCUUGAAGGCUCCUGGAUGGUCUCGUGUUAUUAUUUCACGUGAAAAGCUUUCCAAGAGACAGAAGGAAGAUUCCACUGGAGGUGAAGAUAUGGAGAAUGGAUCAAGCCAUAUAAAUUCCAAUGGUAAGAAACCAGCUAGCAGGAUGGUAUUACCUUUCGAACCACUGACAUUAACUUUUCAGGAUGUGCAAUACUAUAUCGACACUCCUUUGGAAAUGAGAAAAAAAGGAUACACUGAGAGAAAGUUGCAACUCAUUUCAAAUGUUACCGGAACAUUAAGGCCUGGUAUUCUAACAGCAUUGAUGGGUACUAGCGGAGCAGGAAAAACCACUCUUCUUGAUGUCCUUGCAGGUAGAAAAACUAUAGGCUGCAUACAAGGAGAAAUUAAAGUUGGUGGAUACCGUAAGGUUCAAGAAACAUUUGCUAGGAUAUCUGUUUAUUGUGAACAAAAUGACAUUCAUUCUCCACAAAUCACUGUAGAAGAAUCUUUAAUUUUUUCGGCUUCAUUGCGCCUGCCUUCUCAUAUUGACUCAAAAACUAAAGCUGAAUUUGUUAAAGAAGUUCUUGAAAUUGUGGAGCUCAACGAUGUCAAGGAUGCCUUAGUUGGGAUACCUGGUCUUUCUGGUUUAUCAACAGCUCAAAGGAAGCGGCUUACAAUAGCGGUAGAGCUUGCUGCUAAUCCCUCUGUAAUUUUCAUGGAUGAACCUACAACUAGCUUGGAUGCAAGAGCUGCCAUUGUCAUGCGUGCAGUGAGGAAUGUAGCUGAUACAGGUCGAACAAUUAUUUGCACAAUCCACCAACCAAGCAUUGAUAUAUUUGAAACAUUUGAUGAGUUGAUUCUUCUGAAAACUGGUGAGUUUAUCUACUUUGGCCCAUUAGGUGAACAUUCUUGUAAAGUUAUACAGUAUUUGGAGGGUAUCCCCGGGAUGCCCAAGAUUAAAGACAAUAUCAAUCCAGCAACAUGGAUGCUAGAGGUAACCUCCCCGUUUGUGGAGGCUGAACUUGGGGCUGAUUUUUUGGAAAUUUACAAGAAAUCUACUUUAUAUGAGAACAACAAAGAGCUUGUAAGGCAGUUGAGUGACCCACCCCCUGGUUCAAGAGAUCUUCAUUUUCAAACCAAAUUUUCACAAAGUUGCUGGGGCCAGUUUAAUUCUUGCCUAUGGAAACUACAUUUGGCCUAUUGGAGAAGUCCUUCAUAUAACUUGACACGUCUCUUGCAGACUGUUAUACUAUCUUUGGCUUUGGGCUUAGUAUUUUGGAACCAAGGACAAAAAAUAAAUAACCAGCAAAAUGUGUUCAAUGUUUUCGGUUCAAUGUAUGCUGCUCUGCUGUUUCUGGGUAUGAACAGCAGCUCAUCUGUCCAACCAUUUGUUGCCACAGAGAGGGUUGUUAUGUAUCGAGAAAUAUUUGCAGGAAUGUACUCUUCUUGGGCUUAUGCAUUAGCACAGGUGACAAUUGAGGUACCCUAUCUAUUUAUCCAAGCUCUUGUGUUUGAGGCUAUCACAUAUCCUAUGAUUGGCUAUUAUGGAUCACCGUAUACUCUUGUGUUUGUGUCAUUGACACCAGAAGUCACAAUAGCUGGAGCUUUAUCAUCUGCCUUCUAUCCGCUGCUUAAUCUUUUCUCUGGCUUUUUGAUUCCUCAACCGCAAAUCCCAAAAUGGUGGGUGUGGUUGUAUUAUCUAAUGCCUUCAUCAUGGACAUUGAAUUGCUUGCUCACUUCACAAUAUGGAGAUGUAAAUGAUGAGAUUAUGGUAUUCGGUGAAGCCAAGACAGUUGCUUCUUUGCUAGAAAAUUAUUUUGGGUUUCAUCAUGACCGCUUACCUAUUACAGCAAUCCUUCUGGCUUCCUAUUCCCUAAUCUUUGCAACCCUUUUUGCAUUUUUCCUUUCACGUUUAAAUUUUGAGAGAAGGUGAAUUUCUCCAUCCCAUAAGGAUGAAAUUGUUGUACAUUGACUUACACAUUAUGUAACUUCCUUUAUUAUGGUCUUAUAGUCUGAUAAGCUUUUCAAGA